AUGAAGCUUCAGCACCUUGUCCCCGCCGUGUUCUUCUCAGCCUCGGCUCUAGCGGCAACGUUCAACGGCUUCUCUGACACCGCCUGCCAGCGCUACGACGGCACAUACAUUCCCGUCACAGCAGCUCAACUCCAAGAUCUCGUCGUCCAGGAAUGGGCAACUACGGAUGCGGUUCCAGAAGCAUCGCGCUUCUUGACUACGCCUGAUGACAAGAAGAAGUGCCCUUCCAACGAAGAUGAUACAUAUAAAUGGAUCCAGAUUCCACAAUGGGAGCAAGGCAGCCAGUUUCCCGCAGGAAACGGUGGCGCGGUUGCAGUGGUCUACUACAAGGAUACAGACACCUAUAGCCUCUGCAGGUACCUUGCUGCUGCUCAGCAAGAUGGAUAUGCAGGCAUGUGCAGAUAG